ACAACAACAAAUGACAUAAAUGAAAGGUGGAGGUAACAGAUGCACACAACUUCAUCAUUGACCAUAACACAUAAACUUCUCAUAGACCACCACACAUAGUGAUAAGUCACAAGUUUAGACAAGAACAAAUAUUGUACAUACCUUCACAAAGAGCAUAAGAAGUUCAAAAGAAAAGCACAAUCAAAAACAGAUUAGGUAGCAAACUUCACCAACAUAUAUGAAGUGCAGAAAUAAAGUGAGAAUAUAGCAAAGGUACAGAUUGCUCCCUUAAAUGAAGAAGCCUGGAAACCAUAUGGCAACCAACGCUUUUGUACUCGGGUCAUGUCAUGCUAGUGGUAUAUUCUGGAACCACGAUUGAUACUGAAGAGCUUCUAGAUUCCACCACUUUUCCUCUGUCAUUGGAUUAGGCAUCUGAUGUUGGCAAUCAGAAUUUACAUAUUUGGGGUCAUCGGACUUAGGAAAAUCAAAGUCCUCAUCAUCAGCGCCUUCUUCAAAGUCCGAAACAAUAAUGUCCUCAACACCACCACAAUCUACAUAUUUGGGGCCAUCAAACUCAGGAACAUCAAUAUCCUCGUCAUCAUCGCCAUCUUUAGAGUCCAGAACAAUAAGUACUCGACACCGGCUGAAUGUGUAAUUUUGGGAUCAUAGUACUCAAAAACAUCAAAGUCCUCAUCAUCAGAUCCCUUUUGAGAGUCUUAAAAUAAUAAUGCCCUCAUCACCGAAAGAAUCUGCAGAUUGGGUCGCCAUCUUCAGAGUCAGGAACAAUAAUACCCUUGUGACUAGAUGAAUAUGUAGAUUUGGGGUCAUGAGACUCAGAGACAUCAAAGUCCUCAUCAUUGUCACCAUCUUCAUAGUCCGGAACAAUAUCUCCAUCAUCAACACCCCAAUUUGUAGAUUUUAGGCCAUUGGACUUAAGAACAUCAUCGUCGAGAUUGUCCUCGCCCUCUUCAAACUAGAACUACAUCAAGAAGCUAAGAUUCAAUUGAUUGUCUUCGUGAUGUUUUUCGAUGACAAAGACAAGGGGAUUUCCACCCCCGAGGUGUUUUUUGAAUCCCAUCCUAGAUCUAGGAGAGAUUUAGAAGUGAUAGUGUAUGAAACCCAAAGAAGAGGAAGAGACAACAAUAAAUGUACUCCGUAGAA